CUCGGCGGCGAUAACGAAACCGGCGGCUGAGGGGCUCCGUCAGUGGGGGGAAGCCAGGCAUGGCGGUGUCGGGGAGAACGUGGGCGACGCUGUGGGCGCUGCUCGCCCUGGCCGCGUUUGCGGGACAGGUGGACGGGGAAAAGAAUUCGGAGGAUGUCAGAUGUAAAUGUAUCUGUCCGCCUUACAAAGAUCAUGCUGGCGACAUUUUCAGUAAAAAUGUUUCACAAAAAGACUGUGAUUGCCUUCAUGUUGUGCAGCCUAUGCCAGUUCCUGGGCCAGAUGUGGAGGCCUAUUGCUUACGUUGUGAAUGCAAAUAUGAGGAAAGAAGUUCUAAAACAAUUAAGAUUACCAUCAUCAUAUAUUUGUCCAUCUUGGGUUUCCUCCUGCUGUACAUGGUGUAUCUCACCUUAGUAGAACCUAUUCUGAAGAGACACCUCUUCGGACAUUCACAGCUAAUACAAAGCGAUGACGAUGUUGGGGAUCACCAGCCAUUUGCAAAUGCUCAUGAUGUAUUGGCUCGUUCCCGUAGCCGUGCUAACAUGUUGAACAAGGUGGAGUAUGCCCAGCAACGUUGGAAACGCCAAGUUCAAGAACAGCGCAAAUCUGUGUUUGACCGUCAUGUUGUGCUCAGUUAAUAAGUACAAUUACUCUCUUCAGACAGUGUUGGAAGAAAAGAAAUGGACUAAAGUACACAGCAUUGAUUUCUGUCUUCCUGAUAUGCCACUUCACUAGAACACGAUAUUUGCUCACUAAUAGCAAAGGAAGCACAAACAUAAGCGGAAGGAAGAUAUUACGAUCUUUUAACAAGCCAACAUUUCUGAACACUCUUAAAUUGCUUUUACUAACAAAACUUAAGCAAUUAUUUAUGUGAUAAUUUUAAAAUCAAGAGAUAAUUGACUAUGGUUCUUAAAUUCAGUUUUCACUAAUAUGUAGAGAAAUGAGAAGAUGUGCAGCAUUUCUGUUACAAAUGAUUCUGCAUAUAGAACUUUUGUAAAUAUAUUUGUAAUUUUCUUAUGGUCUGCUGUGUAUCAAAAACUUAAAUUGUACAGUAUAAUUAUCACAUCUAAAACUGCCUGGCUGUAUCAUUUUGUUGCUUGAACUCACAGUUUGUUAGCUGACCUCUGCAAAUGUAAAGUGAAGCUUAAGUGGACAGAGAUAGUAGGUGAACUAGACGCUUGAAGAACUGUGCAGUACACAACAGGAAAAAUGUUGGCCUUCUUAGGUUGCUUGCUAAAGGUUGUGCGAUAUCUAAAAAUUUAUUCAUGUAAAUUUCAAUACUUGGUGGACAAUAACUAUUUUUAAAAAUCAGCUUGAUAUAUGGAAUGCAAAUAAAUUCUUCAGAAUAUUC